AUGAAUUCUUCUUCUUCUUCUUCUUCUUCUUCUUCGGUUGGCACUAUGAGAUACCGAGUCUUUGCGAGCUUCCAUGGCCCUGACGUCCGCAAAACAUUUCUAAGUCAUUUGCGUAAACAAUUUAAAGAUAACGCGAUUACGAUGUUCGAUGAUCAAGGGAUAGAGAGAAGCCAACAAAUUUCCCCUUCACUCAUGCAAGCGAUUAGGGAAUCGAAGAUAUCGAUUGUUGUGCUCUCGAAGAACUAUGCUUCUUCCAAGUGGUGUUUGGAUGAGUUGGUAGAGAUUUUGAAGUGCAAGGAAGAUCUAGGACAAAUAGUGAUGACGAUAUUCUACGACGUAGAUCCAUCUGAUGUGCGGAAACAAACCCGAGAAUUUGGAAGCGUUUUCAAGAGAACAUGUGCUUGUAAAUCGAAGGAGGAGUCAGAAAAGUGGAGUAAAGCUUUGAAUGAUGUUGGUAACAUAGCCGGAGAACACUUGCUAAACUGGGACACUGAAGCGAACAUGAUUGAAAAGAUUGCAAGAGAUGUUUUAAAGAAAUUAAAUGCUUCACAAUCAUGGGAUUUCGAUGGCAUGGUGGGAUUAGAAGCUCAUUUGAGAGAAGUUGAGUCUUUGUUACAUUUAGCUUAUGUUGGAGUUAAGAUUGUUGGAAUCUAUGGUCCUGCAGGGAUUGGUAAGACGACCAUUGCCAGAGCUUUACAGAGUCGACUCUCUAAUAGGUUUCAACUUACUUGUUUCAUGGACAAUAACAGUAAGGGGAGGUGUCAUCAGAGUGGUCUUGAUGAGUAUGGUGAGAAGCUGCAUUUACAAGAACAAUUUCUUUCAAAGGUUUUGAACCAAAGUGGUAUCAAGAUAUGCCAUUUAGGUGCAAUAAAAGAAAAUCUAAGCGACCAGAAAGUGUUUAUCAUUCUUGAUGAUGUGAACAAUCUAAAGCAAUUAGAGGCGUUGGCAAAUGAAACUACAUGGUUUGGUCCCGGAAGUAGGAUUGUAAUAACCACGGAAAACAAAGAGCUUUUGCAGCAACAUGGUAUUAACAAUGCGUACCAUGUUGGUUUCCCAUCUAAUGAAGAAGCUCUUGAGAUCUUAUCUAGAUACUCCUUUAAGCAAAGCUUUCCACCAAAUGGUUAUAUGGAGCUUGCAGAAACCAUAACAAACCUAUGUGGUAACCUUCCAUUGGGUCUCCGAGUGGUGGGUUCAUCUUUAUUUGGGAAAGAGAAGGAUGAAUGGAUAUAUGUAAUGCAAAGGCUAAAAACUAAUCUUAGUCGAGACAUCGAGGACAUACUAAGUGUCGGCUAUGAAAGGUUAGAUGAGAGUGAUCAAAUCCUAUUUCUACACAUUGCGGUCUUCUUCAACUAUAAAGAUUGUGACCUUGUGGAAGCCAUGCUCGCUGAGGGUAACUUGGAUGUCAAAAACUGGUUAAAAAUCUUGGUAAACAAAUCUCUCAUAGAGAUAUAUGCCAAUGGAAAAAUAGUAAUGCACAAAUCAUAUAUAUAAAAGU